AUGAGUAAAGAAGAGUUCUUGAAGAUCCAGACUUGUGUUCUUAAAGUAAAUGUACACUGUGAUGGCUGUAAGCAUAAAGUGAAGAAGAUCUUGCAGAAAAUUGAUGGGGUUUACACCACAAACAUAGAUGCAGAGCAGGGGAAGGUGACUGUAUCUGGGAAUGUUCAUCCAGCCACACUAAUCAAGAAGCUUGCAAAGAGUGGGAAACAUGCAGAGUUAUGGGGUGCACCAAAGGCCAACAAUAAUCAGCAGAAUACACUCAAUAAUCAGUUCAAGAACCUGCAAAUUGGCAAUGGGAAAGGUCAAAAUAACAAGAACUCUAAUCAAAAGGGGGGUAAUCCCCAGCCGAAAGGUGGUCAAAAUCCACAGGUUCAACAAUUGAAAGGGUUUCAAGAUCUGAAAAUGCUGCCUCAGUUUACGAAGGACAUGAAAAUGCUGCCCCCUCAGUUUAUGGACAUGAAAAUGCCUGUCAAUGGCAAGGACCAUAACCAGAAGUCUGUCAAGUUCAACAUGCCUGAAAUUGAUGAAUCUGAUGAUGAUGAGUUUGACUAUUCGGAUGAUGAUGAGUUUGACGAUGAUGAUGAAAUGGAUGACUUUCCGUUGAGUAAGAUGAAAACUGCGACAGGUAAUGGCCAUGGGGGUGGUCAGAUGCCUAAGAUGAUGAUGAAUAAUAUGAUGAACGGGCAGCAUCCUCAGUUCAUGAAAGGUGGUACUAAUGGAGGUAAUAACGGAGGAAAUGCCGGUGGAAAUGGCAUGAUGAUGAUGAAUAGUACGAUGAAUGGGCAGCACCCCCAGUUUAUGAAAGGAGGUGCUAGUGGAGGAAAUGCCGGUGGAAAUGUCAAAAAGGGUGGUGGCACUGGGAACAUACCUAUGCAAGUGAAUGUUCAUGGAAAUAAUGAUGGAAAAGGUGGUGCAAAUUUUGACAAGAAAGGAGGUAAUGGGAACAGUGGUAACCAGAAUCAAGGUGGUGGAAAGGGUGGCAAGAAUGGUGGUGCUCAACCACAAGAUGGCAAAAAGGGCGGUGGCAAUGGUGGUCAGAACAAGAACGGCAACAAUGGCAAUGGUGGUGGGGGUGGUGCUAACGGGCCGAAGAAAGGUGGUGGAGUGAAUGAUGGGUUCCAUGGUAUGCCAAAUAUGAUGGCUAUGAAUGCCGGUGGUAGUAUGGGCCAGUUGGGGAAUCUGCCUGUGGGUCAAAUGCGACCGAUGGGUAAUCCACCAAUGGGCCCACCAAUGGGCCAAAUGCGACCGAUGGGUAAUCCACCAAUGGGCCAAAUGCGACCGAUGGGUAAUCCAUCAAUGGGCCAAAUGCAACCGAUGGGCAAUCCACCAAUGGGCAGCCAAAUGGGUAAUUUUUCAACUGUCCAAGGGCUUCCUACUAAUGCUAUGAAUGGUGGUGGUGGUUUUCAAGGUCCCGGCAUCGAGCACAUGGCUGGAAACCCAUAUUACCAGCAACAAUUGGCUGCAAUGAUGAUGAACCAACAACGUGCAAAUGGAAAUGAAAGGUUUCAACCAAUGAUGUAUGCCCGGCCUCCACCUGCAGUCAGUUACAUGCCACCUUACCCUCCUUACCCGUACCCCCGUCAUCCAGGCGAACAACCAGACCAAUACUCAAUGUUCAGUGAUGAAAACACCUCAAGCUGUUCUGUGAUGUGA